UCUGAAUUCUCAUGGCUGCAUCGAAAGUUCUAGACCGGGACACCCUUAAUUACAUACAUGAAAAGUUAUAUGCACCAAGAAUUAAAAAGAAGGAGGACAAGAAUUUUGUUCCUCGGCAAUACUCCUCCAUUAAGAAGCUAAUUCCUGUUGUUCUUGAUCUUAUUCAAGUCGAUUACAGCACCUGGUCUGCUCUUUUCCGCAAUGCUGCUCGGGAUCAUAAUCUUCUCCAUCAUAUCGAUCCAACCAUUCGUGCUCCAUCACUUGCUGAUAACACUAUAGUCACUAGACGUGUUGACGAUGAUGACACCUUUCUUUGGCGUCGACAAGAUGCACUUCUUCUUACGUGGAUUUAUGCCACUAUCUCCCCCUAUUUACUUGCCCGAAUAAAAUUGCAUCGUAUUACUAAUGCUAUGGAUGCUUGGGCACGUCUCCGAGAUGUCUGUCAGGAAUAUAAAACAUAUGUGAGUAUAAAGAAGAGAAGGCUGUUUCACAAGACUGAUCUCACUGAAGACUAUGAUCAUGGUGUUGAUUUGAUAAGCGGUUUACCUGAUGAUGUGCUGAUUUACGUGCUCAUCUUAACUGGUGAUAUGAAAACAGCAGGGAGAACCAGCAUUCUUUCCAAGAGGUGGAAACAUGUUUGGACUCACCUCAUGGAUCUAGAUUUCAGUAUCGAUCCUGAAACUAUUGCCUCUCUAAAAUUAGCAUCUUAUCCCCAACCUGAAAUGUACAAGUUUGCUGAAUAUCUAAAAUUAGCAUCUUAUCCCCAACCUGAAAUGGACAAGUUUGUUGAAUGGGUUAACCGCGUGAUGAGUGCAAACCGAGCUCCAUAUCUUGAUAGCCUCAGAAUACAUAUGCCCCUCAAUACUUGUUAUGGCUCUCAUAUUCACAAUUGGGUCCAAUAUGCCUUUGUCAAAGAGGUUCACCAUUUGGAACUCAACUUUGGACCUGAUUACGAAUAUCAUAACAAUUGUCCCAGAAUCAAUUUUUCCGACAUUUUUUCCACCAAUCCUGCCUUAAUUCUCAAUACUGCACUCAAAUCUCUUCACUUGGACACAGUGAUUAUAAAAGGACCUUUAAUCCAAUGGGUUUUAACUAAUUGUCUUAAUCUUCAACAUCUGUCGCUUCACAACUGGAGCAGUGAUGAUGAUGCUGCCUCUUCAGAACACUCCCGGAAACUUGCUGCCUCUUCAGAACACUCCCGGGAACUUGUUGUGUCAUCCCUUGGGCUGAAACACUUGGAGUUUUUUCAAAGCUUGUGGCCUCUUAAGUUCAGAAUUCUCCGUGUAUUUGCUCCAAAUCUUACUUCCUUUAUAUUUGGUGAGGCUGAUAUUGAUGUGGAAUAUCGUAGCAUUCCUUCACUUGUGGAUGCUACUUUUGUAGGGGCGUAUCUUCCUGAUUCGGAUACCCUAUCUGGCAUGGCUUCUCAGCUUGAAAAACUGUCGGUUAACUGGUACAAGCUCCGCUCUGCAUUUAGUGGAUUCCCAACUUUUGCUAAUCUUCAGCAAUUAGAGAUAGUUCUUUGGCAACAGGAUUAUGACCUUAUUCUAUCGACCUCCUUAAUAGAGGCGUGUCCCCUGUUGCACACAUUCAAGUUGAAGCUGAUGUAUCACGACCAGGCAAGACGAAUUUGGCCGUCCCAUACUCAGCAAAUUGUAGCCCCGGACAAUGCUCAAGAAAAUGCAAUACGUUGCCACGAGCAACUUAAGACUGUAGAGUAUCGUGGAUAUGCUGGAUGUGCGAUUGCUGCAGAGCUUGCCAUUUGCCUCGCUCAACAUGCUCCCAAUCUUCAGAGGUUUGUUUUUUAUACUCGUCGGCCUGAGACAAUAGAAAACCCACGCACAGUUUGUACGUCUGAAUAUGGGGAUCGAAUGACAACUAAGAGGAGUGUCAUAAAGCAUCUUGUGAAACGAAUUCAAGGAACACAAAGUCGUGUUAAUGUGGCGAUUCUAUAACUGAUAAUGGGCGUUGGGGGCUGGUUAUUGUGGGAGCUCUGGUUUACUCUGCUUAGCUUAACCUAAGUGUUUUUUCAUAUAUUAUAAGUUCAACUAGCAAUUUACUUAAGAUUUGAUUAU